AUGGCAUCCGCAUCAGACAAAUCCCAGCAGGGUGAUGGCUUGCUGAUAAUCAACGCGGGCCUCUUCCGCACGGGAACAAAGUCAUUGGCCCGCGCAUACCAAAUUCUCGGCUUCAAAACGCACCACGGCCUCCUCGAAAAGGUCACAGACACCCCAUGGGUACAGUUAGAACAAGCCGCCGAAGCAACAUGGCCGUUUACACCCAGUGCACGCCCUCGAGCACCCUUCGCCCGCGCCGAUUGGGACGAGCUGUGGGGCAACAAGUACGACGCCGUCACUGACCUAGCAUCCCCAUUCGCACUGGAACUCAUCCGAGCAUAUCCCAAUGCGAAGGUCGUGGUGGUCCAGCGCGACUUUGACCGGUGGUGGCCAAAUUUUCAGCGCGAGGUCCUAAAUCGCGUCAUGAUGCAGCCUAUGGCGGCUAUUAAUGGGUUUGUUGGACUGCAUUUGAUGGGUAUCCCGGCUGUGCAGGCGAUGCGCAAGAUCCACUUUGGUUUCUUCGGUGCACAGAAUCGUAAGGAGAUUCUAUCGAGGGCGAGAGGGGUGUAUGAGGCGUACUAUCGCAAUGUGCGAGUUGCCGUUCCGCCAGAACAGAUGCUCGAGUACCAUAUGGGAGAUGGUUGGGGUCCACUGUGUGCGUUUUUGAAUGUGGAAGUGCCCGAUGUGCCAUUUCCGAGGGAAAAUGAAGCCAGUGAUCAUGCCGAAGAGGUGGAGGCUCGAAAGAGGUUGAUUUGGACGGCCGGCAUCAAAGUUGCGGUGCCAGUGCUACUUGGAUUGGGGGCCAUGUGGGUGGCUUUUGCAUUUAGUCACUCAGCUUGA